AUGUAUGUCGGGAUGGUCCUAGUGGCCGAGUUUACCAAAGAAGAAGAAGAAGAUAGUUGCUACUCAAAGAAAUCGGUCCAGUAUAAAAGAAAAUUACAAGGUCUUUCGAAACGGGUUCUUUUACAUAAGUGGAAAAUACCGUCGGUGUGGCCCAGAUUGUAUGCGGAAUCCUUGUCGUGUAGUCCUACUGGAGUAUCACCAUCGCAAAAAGGGUUGGUACUGGGAUGUUACGUACGACACGGUGAUCGGACGGGCGAGACUCUGACAUUAACGAAGACUGCCAGUAAGUUCAAUGACAUCGUUAAAGGCAAACUGCUAGAACAACUUAAAGCGGCCAAGCCACCACCGGCCAAGUGCGAAGUACGAACAUUUUUUGGGCUAGACACUGAGUUCCCGUACGUGUCCGUGGUCGGGUUAGACGACGGGUGUCUCGGGUACAACGAGCGAGAAGGAAUAAACGAUGAAAUGGAAUGCGUGCGAAACGCGGCAGCUCUGGGCACAAAAUCGUUACUCAAUUUUGACUUGCAGAAAAUAUAUCUGGAGAGCUUUGAAUCGGCACAGAAUUCGGCCGAAGGUGCGUCGAUGGGUAUGUGGUCAUACGAUGAGCUCAAAUCCAGAGAAAAUAAAAAGGCUCUGCCUAAAAUUGAAUUGUAUGACAGCUGCGACUGGUAUGAGUGGCAAAUUGGCCUGCAGAAGGGUGCGGCGCAGAAUCUGACACGGCAGUUGCAAGAUAUUCCGGCCAACUUACUGACACCCAAAUCGUUUGCUCGACAAGCAGUCACUCUGUUGUCUAACCAAGGCAUUGAUGUCAUCGUGCGAGCAAAGCGAUUUAUGGAGUCGAGAAAAAUGAACGGGUUGCUGGCUGUGUCCAGCGGAUCAUGCGAAGAGCCACAACUCCUAGAAUGCACGUACGAAGGAUGCGAUAUGAACGCGCCACCCAUCGUAUUGAUCGCUCCAGGCCUAACAUACAACUCCGGAGGUCUUGGCUCAUUGAGGACGUGCUCAUUACAAAAGUACGUUCGGGGUGAAGUAUCUGGCGCCGCGUGUCUAAUUAGCGUUCUACGGGCAGUAAGCGCCCUGGAAUUAAAAUUGAACAUUAAAGCGUUUAUACCGCUGUCAGAGAACAUCAUAGGAUCGGGAGCCAUGGAGCCCGGGGCAGUUGUGGACAUGAAAAAAUUAACGGUUUUGGUGAAAGACACGGCCAAAGCCAACCAGUUGAUCGUAGCAGAUGUGUUGACCAUGAUCGCUUCUGACUCUUGUUACAAGCCCCAUAUGCUGCUCGACUUAGGGCCGUAUAGCGACCGCACCGAGGUCUGGACUACUCAGGCUGUGGGUGCAUUCACUAGUAAUGAUUCACUAAUGGAAUCGUUGCGGGCGGCUGCCAUGAAAACCGGAGACCGCGUAUGGCGAUUACCGCUAUGGAAACAGGCCAGCGUGCAGAUGACAUCUGCGGCCCAAGAAGUGGAUGUCGUCAACUCAAUGCCCAUUUUUGGCGGAUUUGCAAUGCAGGCUGCCGCAUUCCUUCAACAAUUCGUGCCACUAGCCGUCCCCUGGCUGCACUUAGAAAUCGGUGGUCUCCUCCGAACCAAUGGACUAGAUGCUGCCUAUCUAGCGCCCGGUAUGUCCGGUCGACCCACACGAACGCUAAUAGAACUUUUAGGACAGAUGACCUGCCCACAACCCACGAAAUAA